AUGAUGAACGAGUUGGGAAAGUUGCAUCGGGGACGGUUGAAAGCGGUUGAAGAACGGAUCAACGUGUUGAACGUCAUUCCUGACCGGGACCGGAACCACCAAUGCAACGAUCCUUUGCCUUCGAAAAAACCGGGCAUCGAGGUUAUAUCCUCUUUUGAAAAGCUCCUCAAGCAAUCUGGGGAAAUCACCUGUCUAACAUCCCAACGGACCAUAGAUUGUUCGAAAUUCCCGUCUCCGUGUGUUGCUAUUGUUGAUUUGUUUUCAAACUACGUUCUGGAUGGGAUCCGUUCGAUGGCCACUCCGGAGGAACUUCCUAUCGUGGCAUGGGCGCCUGGUUCCGCUGGGUCCACUCUGAUGUUUUGGGGGCCGGAAGAGUACCGUGAUGGAGGUGGGGGAGGUAUUGAGAACGGGAAGGCACAGAUUGAAGCUUUCGACUCGUCUGAGUCCCUGUUCGGACAAACCGCCGAUAAGGUUUUACGCAUCCCCGGAUACCCUCCGAUGUACGAUUACGAACGGAAACCACAGGAAUAUACUGGAACGGUUUCUUCUGCGCUCGUGAAGGUUGGGAUGAAAUCUUUAAUGGCUUCGGACGGAGUUAUCACAGUUUCGUUUCCGGUUAUUGAGAAGGAGGGUAUAGAGGCAUGUGAUAGAUACUUUGGGAGCCUUGGGAAGUCUCAUUUUUCCGUUGGACCGCUGGAGCUCAUGCCUGAUGUUACGGAGGGACGGGAUGCGGUUACGGAUGGGGUUCUUUUAUUUUUGGAUAAGAUGGAAGGUGAAUUUGGAGAGAAGUCGGUGAUAUUCAUUUCAUUUGGAACUCUUUUCUGGCCCACGAAUACUUCGGUUUUUGACGCGAUCAUCGAUGAGCUGAAAACUACGAAAACACCGUUUAUAGUUGCACACCCUUCCCCCGUCGCUCGAACGUCUAAAGGAUUAUUGGACAAGAUCAGAGCGUGUCCUUACGGACUCGAGCUCGCUUGGGCACCUCAAAAGCGAAUUUUGUCGCACCCGGCUACAGGUUGGUUCCUUACGCACGGUGGUUCGAAUAGUGUGCAAGAAGCGCUUACGUUCAAAGUUCCUAUGAUUCUCUGGCCAGCAAACGACGACCAACCACUUCACGCCUCCCUCCUUUCGAUUCAAUUCAAAGCUGCGUUUGAAUUGAUUGAAGUACGUUCUGGGAUCUACGGAAAGAAGAUACCCUAUCGGUAUCGUCACAGUGAUGGGCCCACACCCAAGUUCACUGUGGAGUCAGCGAAGAAGGAGUUUGGUCAGGUGUUGAAGGAUCUCAGAGGGACGAUGGGGUUAGUUGUGAGAAAGAACUUUGAAGAGCUUGCAACGAGGGUGGGGAGAGUGUGGGACGAGGAUGGAAUUGCUAGGAAAGGGUUGGAGGCGUUCUUGAAGGAAUACGUUGACACGGGGCGCAAAUCAUUUACGUGUCGUAGCUAUUUUGAGAUUGCUAGAUUAUAA